AUGGCUGAAAGAUGUGACAACUCUCGUUCUCUACCCAAGAAGAAGCGUGCUAGGCAUGGUUUUCGGUACCAAAUGGAGCUGAAUUUCGAUACUGAAGAUGCAAAGCAGGCUUUUGUAGCUAGGAUAGAUAGGGCAAAGCGUUCUCUUGCUGCUACAGCUAGAGGCUCAUUGCCCUUGGACAGCAGAGAGCUUAUUUCUGUUUUGUUGGACAAGUUGGAGCAGGAGCAGGAGCAGGCAGGUGCUGUUCCUGAGAGAGAAGACCUACAAUCUGAUAAAUCCAAAGUCUUCCCAAUGUUGGAGAAUUCAGGAAUAUUUACUGGCAAUACUGACGCUAGUGAUGAACAGUUGUUCGUGUGUGAACUGAAGACUUUGUUCUGUCUUUUCACUGGCCUAUCCCAAGCAUGUGACCAGUGCCAAUCUUAUUGUCGUAGGCCGACCAAUUUUCGCCAGAACGGGCAUGUUGUCCGAUUUGAAUUCAAGUGUGGAAAAUGUGGAAAGCGACAGUGGUGGGCUAGCUCGCGAACACUCGGUGGACGAUACCUUGUCAAUCAAAAGAUCGUCCAUGGUUUUACUUGUGCUGGAGUUCUCCCAAGCCAGUACCUUCACUUUAGUAGUCAUGCUGGCUUGGGAAAAGUUAGUUCAUGGUAUAUUUCGUCAAUGUACAAGAAAGGUGGAUACUUAGACGUCGUGAAUGCUUGUGCCAAGGCAUCCAUGUUGAGAGCGAUUGACGAAGUGAAGGCAUUACCUGGUUACUCGCAGGACGGUGAGUGGGUAAUAACAGAUGCUCGCCACGACUCAACAGCAAAUGCUUAUCACACGACUGUUCCCUGCCUCUCGGGAAGUACGAAAAGAAUUGUUGGGUGUUCGACUGUUUCCAGGAAAGAACACAUCUGUGCUCAGACUCGAGAAGUAGCGUGUACUAAGAUAGUUCUUCCGGAAGUCAUAGAUAAAGGUCUCAAUAUUGUUGAAGUAGCGCAUGAUAAUCAGCCUGUAGUCAAGAGAUUUGUCACUGAUGAUCUCAACCUUACAUACUCGUACUCGUACGACACAUGGCAUGGCACUAAGAAUGUAGCGAAGAAUAUGAAGAAAGUAGCAAUUGGGACCAAAAAGGCUCAAGGAAAGACGUGGUUUCCAGAGUUAUCUGACAAGCGUAAAAGUACGAAAGUUCACUUGUACUACUGUAUGAAGAACUGUGAGCAGUCAGCAGACAAUCUAAGAAAGAACAUUCUGAAUAUCGUUAAACAUUAUCAGAACGAGCACUCAGAUUGUAACGAAGCGUCACCCUGUAAGCGUCCAGGGUACAAGCCCACGAAGAUAAAACUAGAGGAUCCUCUUGCAAUCGAGUCAUUCACGUCAGCACUAAAAGACACCCUUAUUUACAAGAAUGCCGAAUCAUAUUGUCGAUGUCGAGACACAUUCUGGGUGGAGUCUUUCAAUCACCAGCUGCUCACAUACAUCUCAAAACGUGUACACUUCGGGGAAGCUACAUUCAACAUGAGAAUGGACCUUGCUAUUAUGGACUGGAACGAGAAUGUACGUAGAGAGUGUACAAGUGAACGACUGGUUCAGGACAUGAGAAGACCGGAUCGUAGGACUCCCAUGAGAGUGCUGAAGGAAAAAUCGUUCAACUUUGCCGGAGAAAUAUGGGAGAAUUACGAGCAGCAGAGAAAAGUUGACCUCAGUGAGUUUGUAGAGGACGUGCAACCUGAGCAAUCAGAUGAGCCAGUAGAUGAAAACGAGGACCUAGUAAACGAUGGUGUACAUGUACUUGACGAAGAUCUUUAUGAAGACAUAUAAAGUAAGAAGUAGAAGACUGGAAGUCUGUGUAUGGAACUCCAUCUGGAUUCGGAAAUCGUUCACGCACCUCCUGGAAAAGGUGCAGCGCUUCCAAUCAGCCAGCUGGGUGGUCUGGCUCUGACACAUGGUGACAGGUGGCAGUACGGGCAGGGACCCUCUCCGUUCAAGACCGGAGGAUCAACGUGAUCAUACCCUCCGGGACCUAAGGAAAGUACCACUCAUUUUAUUCAUAUGUACAGGUUAGUGACAUUCACCUUUCUUAGGCCUCGAAGGACCGGCUUCACCCCCAACCGUCCUUACUCGAGAAACACCUGUGCAAAAGAUAAGUGAUCGUCAUCCAGAUCACGUGAUAAUUAUUGAAAUUAAUUCCUCUAGAAUUACCUCUCUUUGGCCUCUUCACUGGAGGGGGAGCAGCUUCACCACUGGCACUGGAUGUAUUACUGCUUGACACUGAUGUGUUACCUUCGGAUGGCGCCGAAUCAAUUUCGUCAAGAGUGACGUCGGGAAACAGCGCAAGCAACUUCUGGAACUCCUCCAGAAAGUGCACUGGAGGAUGCUGGCUGUACCGUACCUGAAGCUGAAUAGAUGUACAUUUUAUCUUCUUUCUUAUUUAUGUAAUGGGCUUCUGUGGUACCUUGAGUCUUGCUUGUUCUGUAUAAGUAGCCAUUAUGUGUUUUUUGUUUGCUUGUGUUAAAAAAAAACCACGUGCAUGUAUCCCCA